ACUUCCCUGAACUUGAGGAGCGCACUCAGUGCAGUGAUGGGAACGCAGCACUGAAUCAGAGAUACUUUGAUAAAAGAGUACCCGACUGUAGAUCGGGAACAAGAUAAGCAGCUACACAAGGCGAGAGCUUUAACUUGUCGGUUUUUCGAAUAAUGUCCCAGCAAUGGCAACGCACUCAAUGCUGCAGGAUCGAAUCAGAGUGGCUCAGGACCUCCUGGGGCGGGUGGAGCAGCUGUGCAACCGGCAGCAGCGCAGCGUGGAGGGCCGGGCCAAGCUCUGCAGCAAGUUGCGGGCGGAGCUCAAGUUCCUGCAGAAGGUGGAGGCCGGCAAGGUGGUGAUCAAGGAGUCGCACCUGCAGAGCACCAACCUCACCCACCUGAAGGCCAUCGUGGAGUCCGCCGAGAGCCUGGAGGACGUGGUGAGCGUGCUGCACGUCUUCACCUACGAGGGCGCGGGCGGGCAGAAGCAGACGCUGGUGGUGGACGUGGUGGCCAACGCCGGCCACACCUGGGUGAAGGCCAUCGGGCGCAAGGCCGAGGCCCUCCACAACAUCUGGCAGGGCCGCGGGCAGUACGGGGACAAGAGCGUGGUGCGGCAGGCCGAGGACUUCCUGCAGGCCAGCCGGCAGCAGACGGUGCAGUACAGCGACCCCCACAUCAUAUUCGCCUUCUACAACGGCGUGUCCAGCCCCAUGGCCGACCGGCUCGGGGAGAUGGGCAUCUCCGUGCGCGGCGACAUCGUCGGCGUCAACUCGGUCGCCGGGGCCGACGAGGGCGGCGCCCGGGAGGAGGGGAGCGAGGAGGAGGACGACGAGGACGGCAGCUGCGGCGAGGAAGAGGAGGGCGGCAGGGAUGAGGAGGGCCAGGGCGAGGAGGACGAGGAGGACGACGGAGACGAGGACGACGCCCUGCACACCCGGGUGGACCGCGCCACCGUGGUGGCCAGCCUGGCCUUCCCCACGGAGGUGAAGGUGGACGUGUGCAAGCGGGCCAACCUGGACAUCACCACGCUCAUCACGUACGUGUCCUCGCUCAGCCACGGCAACUGCCACCUGGCCUUCCGCGAGCAGGUGCUGACGGAGCAGGCGGCGCAGGAGCGCCAGGAGAAGGUGCUGCCCCGGCUGGAGGAGUUCAUGCAGGGCAAGGAGCUGUUCGCCUGCCAGUCGGCCGUGCACGACUUCCGGGUGAUCCUGGACACGCUGGGGGGCCCGGGCGAGAAGGCCCGGGCGGAGCAGCUGCUGGCCCGCCUGCGGGUGGUGGCCGACCAGCCGUCGGAGCGCACGCAGCGCCUGGCGCCCAGCUCCAAGGUCAACCGCCGCUCGCUCACCAUCUUCGGCACCGGCGACUCGCUGCGCGCCGUCACCAUGACGGCCAACAGCGGCUUCGUCCGGGCGGCCGCCAACCAGGGCGUGCGCUACACCGUGUUCAUCCACCAGCCGCGCGCGCUCACCGAGGGCAAGGAGUGGAGGGCCACCCCCAUAUGAAGGCAGGGAGAGCCAGGGAGGGAG